AUGGGACAAAAUGGAGAUGAUGGAAGUACAUCGCAGCAUGAUCUAUCCACGUCCUUCGAAUCUGCCCCUAACGACACAGAGGUUAUUGAGGCUCUCUUAUCAAGUGCUGAUGUCAACAUCAAUCUGGCUCAUGCAGAAGAUUCGCCACUUGGUGGCUCAACGGAGCACGUUGGAAGUUCACAAGCUACGAUUGAGGUAGAUGCAACUGGGGAUUCGGAUUGUGAAGGUUAUCUGCUCACUGUCUUCGAAGACAUGACAGAUGAGGAUGAAGUAAUUAUAUCCAUGAGCACUGAUGGCAAGCAAGAGCGCGCAGACUUUCUCGGCGCGUGCAUCGACACUGGUGCGCAAAGGUCUGUCAUUGGAAAACCCCAAGCCGAAGCUUACUACAUUUUCAUGGGCAUUCCGUUUUGUUUGGAACAAUCAGGUCACCCUCGCGUCUACAAGUUUGGAGCACAUCGAUACAAAGGUCUUGGAUCAGUAUUCAUUCGCAUACCCGUGGAUAGUAACCAGUUCAUCUUCACUGAGGUUCAAGUAGUAGACCUGGAUGUACCAUUGCUCCUGGGUCUAGAGUUCCUGGACCAAUAUGGAAUGAAGGUCCAAGUGUCGGAGAACUUGCUCACAUCGGAAGAAGGCGGGUGGAAACUGCCUUUAACCCGAAAGCUCGGGCAUCUCUAUCUCGAGUGGUGCACUGAAAUGCUAUACACCUCUGGGGAACUACGCAAGAUCCACAGGCACUUCUUCCAUCCUACUUCUGAUCGCCUGUACGCUGUGAUGAAACGUGCGGAUCCAGAACAUUGUUCACCCCAGGAUCUACACAAACUUGAGGACGUAACUGCCCGUUGUGAUGUAUGCCAACGACUCAGUCGUGCGCCUAGCCGAUUCCGUGUGUCGUUGCCACACAAAGACAUUGUCUUCAACCGCAUCCUUUGUGUAGAUAUAAUGUUCCUGGAUAAGAAGGUUGUGCUGCACUGCGUGGACAAAGACACAAAGUUCAACAGUGCUGCCUUUAUUUCAGACCAAACCGUUGACACUCUGUGGUCUACCUACCAGAAGAUUUGGUCCUUGCCAUAUGCCGGACAUCCGGAGCAUAUGCAUGCGGACCAAGGGCCACAAUUCGAGUCAAGACGCUGGGAGGGCUUGUGUCAUCUGGCCGGUAUAGAGUUGACGUUGUCUGGAGUUGAAGAACAUAACGCGUUAGGUGAAGGCGAAAGAUAUCACGCAUAUCUUCGCCAAGUCUACAACAAGUUCAAGGCGGACUUUCCUACCAUCGAUGCCGAAUAUGCUCUCCAAAUUGCGAUCAAGGCAGUCAACGACACCGCAGGGCCAAGGGGGCUGGUGCCGACACUGCUUGUUUUCGGUAUCGCUCCACGAACGCUGGUGUCACCACUCGACCUGCCACAUCAGAAGAAACGAAUGCAGGCGUUGGUGACUGCCAGAAAUGAGAUGGCAAGAACGAUAGCUCAACGACGCAUCAACACAGCUCUGAGUUCCAAUGUACCUGCAGCUGCGGCAUCCGACAUGACAAUAGGUACAUACGUCCUCGUCCAUCGAGAGUCUCCAGUUAGCAAAUGGAUUGGACCUUAUCGAAUUUGUGAUACCUUUGGCAAGCAUGUCUUCUUCGACGUUAAGGGGCGCUUCGUAAAGUUCUCAGUAGAUAAAGUUAAACCAUACAAGAGAGACCCAUCUGCAGGCGCAAUGGAAGAUAGGGCAGUCCUACCGCAAGAUACCACUAGCGAUACUGAACGCAGCAAUCAAGAAUACUCCAAAGUGUUCGAUGACCUACUAGCAUCAGAUGAGCCUAUCCGUGCUGAUGAGUUUUGCAUCUCGGAAGAGUCUCUGUCGUGUGAUGAUGUAUACUUGACCAAGCUCCUAUCCCCGGGUGACCCCGACUGUGACUCGAGCUACUUCCGCGCUGCCCAGUUCGCCGAGGUUCAAGGGCUGAGGGAAAGGGAGACAUGGGAUGUAGUGAAGAAGAGGGACAUGCCCACGGGAGCUAAUGUGCUUGGGGGAAGGUUUGUUCUCGCUAUCAAGAACUUCGGAUUGAAAGAAGAAAAGCCAAAGGCGCGCUACGUUGACUUGCAGUUUUUCGAAAUGAGUGCUGAUGACGCCCUUGAUCUCCGCAAACCGUUGUACGGAAACGGUGACAGUGGCGACUACUGGAGAGUGACAUUCGAUCGUCAUGCAAGGCAGGACUUGAAGAUGACACCGACUGAUGGUGACCCAUCUCUGUUCAUCUUAGUUCAAGUUGAGCCGUCUGAUGACUCAGCCACAGAAGUCGAGCAGGCGGAGGGGUGCAUGGGUAACUACGUCGACGACAGUCUGCUUGCAGGAAACAAGGCUUUCCAAGAGCUCACCAAUGCUACACUAAGGAAAUUUGAGUCUCGUGAACGCAUCUGGGACAGUUUCGAAUUUUUUGGAUGUGCUAUCAAAACCAUCGCACCCGGACAGUUCACAAUUAGCCAAGUUGACUACCUUUCGAAGGUUGGUCGUGUGCCCGAUGACUGCAGCUUCAACUUGUAUCGAAGUGUGCGGGCCGAAGCUGCAUGGGCCACACAUACCCGUCCAGAUGUUAGCUGUGCAGUUAAUCGUGCGGCACAAGUGCCGAAAGGAGAAGGAGAGGAUGUAAGCUCUGUUCAUGUUUCCGUUCUCAACAGCGCUAUAAAGCGCAUGAAGUCAUCUCCCGAACUUUCGUUAAGAUUCGACCAUCUGGAUGAAUCGACACUGCAGCUCCGCGCAUAUACAGAUGCCUCGUUUGGUGCAAAUGAAGAUUUCUCAUCUCAACUUGGGUAUAUCGUUUUACUGUGUGAUUCGAGCAACCGUUGUCACAUCUUGGACUUUGCAAGUAAGAAGUCCAAGCGCAUUGUGCGCUGCAUUCUAGGUGGGGAGGUAUACGCUUUCACGGAAGGUUUCGACUGCGCGUUUGUUCUCCGCCACGACUUGCAGAAGCUCUACGGUCGUACAAUUCCUUUGCAGAUGCGAACUGACUCUAAGCAAAUGUUCGACGUCAUCAUGAAGGCCUCGCACACGUCUGAAAGAAGGCUCAUGAUAGAUAUUGCCGCUGCGCGUGAGGCGUACAAUGAAAAUGAAAUAUCCAACGUUGGUUUGGUACGUUCCGAACACAAUGUGGCCGAUGGACUCACGAAGCCGAAAUAUUGCAAAGCAUUAGAGUCACUGCUACGUACUGGAAAAGAUGAAAAUCCUGUAGAGCAAUGGAUCAUUCGGGCACCCUCUCGCUCGUCUUUUUAA